ACAGCCAGUUAGUAGUAGUGCACGCAUGUAGUAGGGAAGUACGGCGGUAGUUUGCGAGUGUGUAAAUUCUAAGAUUCUUUAUCAAAUUCAAGCCUCAAAAUGGAAGUUGUGACAGCAGUUUUAGAAAAUCUGAAGGAAAAGGGAGGUGAUCUCAACCGAUAUCCCGGUCUGAUGGACAAUGGUGAACCAGUAGCGGCCAAAUCAGCAUUUAGUUACGUUCCAACAGUUCGAGGUGAUCCGAAGGAACAUUCAGUAUUCAAUAGCACGCAAAAGCCCAGACCACAUUCCACCUACGACAGAUUGUUUCAUAAGCAAGAGGGAUAUAACAACAAGUUACAUCGAUGUGACAGAGAGCAUGCAAAGUCCAAGGGUUUGACCGUUAAUGAUGAGGAAAAGGAGAAGAUUAUUCCAACGUUAUCUUCCACUGUAUACGGACACCGGUUGCAGAAUUUCAACGAUCCACCGGGCAGGGACCACGUGCGUAUCGCUCACGUUCAGACAGAGUUCUACAGUCGGACAGGUAUAAAUAUAUCAACAGAGGAGAACUGAAGAAUAGGAGGAUUCCAACGGUUACCAGGGAUCCAGUAACACUGAUGGGUAAAUGGAUAAUGAAGAGAGGGUCGUUGGAUAUGGACAACUACACCCUCUAUAAAAGUGAUGGCAUUCAGUGACCUGUGACAUUUGACGUUGUGCCGUCACGCUCCAGUGUAUCGUAACGGUUGG